AUGUCGGACUUGUCACAUGUUCAACGACUUCACACGAAUGAUCUCGAGUUGGGAGCAACGGAGGCAAUUCAAAAACAUUACGAACGCCAUGUCGUCUCUACCAAGGCUGUCUCUCAGCGUAAACUAGACUUCGAACGAGCGAGACCAAGAUGGCUUCGUGAGAUGAUGGCUGAAGCGACUGGAGUCUUCUUCUACGUCUAUCCUGGCAUUGCUUCAACUGCGUCUUUUCUGCUCAAUGAAACCAAUCCUGCAUUCGGAAGUCUGCUUCAAGUCGGAUUUGCAUUCGGCUUCGGUAUCGCCUUUGCUAUCAUCACUUGUGGUUCGACCUCGGGAGGUCACUUCAAUCCAGCCAUGACGAUCUGCUUUGCAACUUGGCAAGGCUUUCCCUGGAAAAAGGUUCCCUACUACAUCUUCGCCCAAAUCUUCGGUGCCUUCAUGGCCGGUCUUUUCGUCUAUGGCCAAUAUCAUGAACAAAUAGUCGCCUACUCUGCUGCAACCAUCGCAGCAGGAAAAGGCACAGUCUUCAACGGCGGACCUGCAAGCAUCUUCUGCUCCUUCCCCGGUGAAACACAAACAAAUCUCGGAUACCUCUUCAUGAUCGAGUUUUUCGUCGACUCAUACAUCGGUAUCAUUAUCUGGGCUUGUCUGGACCCUGCCAAUCCUUUCGUAUCUCCUCAAGCCGCUCCUUGGGCCAUCGUCCCAAAAUCCACCCUCCAAAAUUUGGCCGAUGGUAUACCAACCCCCCUCCCACUCAACAACCCUACUGACUGUAUUUUAUGCCUCGCAUACUCUACUAUGGUAUGGUCGUUCGCGGACAUCACAAUAAGCACAAACAUGGCCCGUGACCUCGGCACCCGCCUCGUCGCCCUAAUCUUCUUCGGCCGCGAAGCCUUCACCUACCACUCCUACUCCUGGAUCUCCAUCCUCGUCAACAUACCCGCCACCCUCUUCGCCACAGCCUACUACGAAAUGCUCAUGCGAGACAGCUUGCAAAAAAUAGGUAAAGGGGCCGCCGUUCACGAACACGGAGAAGAAGGCUUGAAUUUGCAUUUGACCAAGAGUGGUAUUUCUGGGCAGCAACAGGGGCCCUUGAGUCCUGGGAUGCAGAAGGUGUUUAGUUUGGGGUCGCAGGGGAGUACGUUGCAUGAGGGACAUAAAAUGGAGCCGGGGUUUUCGUUGGCGGCGGAGAAUCGUACUAAUGGGGGCAUUUGAGAGGGGUAUGUAGACGGUCGAGAGAGCCUGCUAAGAGUGAUGGGAGCAUGGUAAAACUGAGUCGAGUAUUGAAACGCACAGAUUGGCUUGAGUCCAGACUUAUAUACAGCUUUGAAC